AUGUCGCAAGCUCUGGUAUCUCUGGUCGGCAAGCGCAUGCUGGCCGAAUCUGCCAGGAACCACUUUGGAACUGAGGACCCGUACUUCGAACAAGUACCAGCUUCACGCCUCGGCCGUGCCUUCGGCAAGAAAACAACCAAGCGUCGCAAGGCCGUUCCACCGGGGGUGUCAGAACACGAUGCGAAAAUCCUCACUCGAGUUAAGCGCAGAGCUUACCAACUCGAUUACGCCCUUUUCAACUUGUGCGGUAUCCGCUUUGGUUGGGGCAGUGUGAUUGGUCUCGUCCCAUUCAUUGGUGAUGCCGGCGACGCUGCACUUGCCAUGAUGGUCGUGAGAAAUUGUCAAGAGAUCGAAGGUGGACUCCCAUCGCACCUGCGCAUGAUGAUGAUGAUCAAUGUCCUCAUCGACUUUGUGAUUGGUCUUGUUCCCUUCAUCGGCGACCUUGCGGAUGCAGUGUACAAAUGCAACACCAGAAACGCGGUCAUUCUUGAGAAGCAUCUUCGCGAGAAGGGUGCAAAGCUCGUCAAGAGACAGCCCAAACAACCAUCAACACAAGGUCGCGUCCAGGAGAUCCAGGAGGACACUGUCGAUCACAGUCUUCCAGACGAGUGGGAUAAGCAGGAAAGCGGUGUUGUCAGCAGUUCGCCUCCGGAAUAUCCGGAACACGCAGCAUCAGGCGGCCGACAAGGAGAUCCCACUGGGAUCCAGCAACAGCCUCGGCCCAACCGUGGCUUUUCCAGAUGGUUCGGAGGGGCUAGACAUCCAGAGGAGGACUUGGAACGAGGCAGAUGA